AUGUCUAGAAGAAAGGAACUUAAUUUAGAAAAAUGUGCGCAGAUACAGAGACUUCAUAAGGAAGGGAAAUCACACGUAGAUAUCGCGAGGAUUGUAAAAUGUUCCUAUCGAUCUGUAGAGUUUGCUAUCCAACGAUUAUUUGUGACUGGGCCACGCAUUGGCCGUAAAGACCAGCAGCUACUGAGGGAAUCGAUGAAAAACAGAAAAAAGACUAAUUCAAGCAUCAGCAAUGCUGAGUCUUCUGAAGAAAUUAAGAAAUCAAUUUCUUCUAGAAUAACUCGGAGGAGACUCACAGAAGGUGGUCUGAUACGUUGUGAAGACAGUAAAAAGGUUAAGGUAAGUUCGUGA